AUGGCCACGCCAGGCAGCGGCGAGCAGAAUAGCCGGUACGUGUUGAGCGGUCCGCCGCUGACGGAGGAGGAGGUGGCGCGGGCCGAGCUGCCCCUGGCGCCCUACCUCGUCCAGAAGCUGGCUGCCCACGGGGACCGCGUCCUGCAGGAAACUGCUACAUGGUAUAUGAAAUUAUCGGGACCGUCAGAACCCUUUCAGAAAUGGGCGGUGCCCGGCCUGCGGGAGGGGGACACCGUGGCCGUCUGCAUCGGCCGCUCCGCGCUCUUCGCGCCGGCCCUGCUGGCCGCGCUCUGCUCUGGGGCCGUCUGCGCCGUCGUCAAUGCCGCCCUGCCUCAUGAUAGCCUGCGCCGAGUGCUACACGAGCUGAAGCCCGCAGCAGUGCUGUGCCAACCAGAGUCUGCCGAGUCCGCAUUGGAUGCCAAACCGGCAGACUGCCCGCUGCAGGUGCUGGGUUCUGCUGAGUCGGUAGCUGACGCUCAGCAGCUGCUGAUGGGGAGCGCCCAGGAGCUGCAAGCGGACAACACGGCCCCCGCCGUCGCUCUCCUCAGUUCUGGUACCACGGGACACCCCAAGAUCAUCCGCACACCUCACCUCAACUUGGCCUUAUCGAUGCGCUUACUAGCGCGAAGCGAUGCACUGUUCGGAGACGACGACAUCUUGUUGUCCACAACCGGAUUCUCCUGGAUUACUGGAACGCUGUUCACGUUCUGGAGUGUCGACACCGGGAUGAAAUUCGUCGUGACGCCCGAAUUCAGUCCUCAAACUGUACUGGACCACAUCGAGAGAUCCGAGCCCACCGUGAUGUUCAUGCCGCCGAACCAGUGGCUGUCGCUGCUGCGCCAUGCUCCGGAGGGCCGGCUGCGGUCUGCGCUGCAGCGGCUGCGCGUGGGCGUGACAGCAGGGGCGGCGCUCAAGGCGGAGGCGCACGCCUGGAUCGAGGCGCGCACGGGCCGGCCGCUGAUACAGUGGUACGGCCAGACCGAGGCCUUCCACCUGUGCAUGGCGCUCAACCGUCGCCCCCCAGUGCCACCUGGCUCCGUGGGCCGGGUCAAUGACGGGGUGCAAGCCAAGGUAUUGGACUUAGAGACUGGGAAGUGUCUCGGUCCAGGAGUCGAUGGCGAGCUGUUCUUCAAAGGAUGGGCCAUCAUGGAGGAGUUCGUGGACAAAGAGGGCUGGAUCCACACCGGAGACGUGGGGCACUACGACGCUGAUGGCAACUUUUACGUCGUCGACAGAGUAAAGGAACUUGUCAAAUACCGUGGUGUUCACGUAUCGCCUUCAGAGCUGGAGGCGUGGCUGCUGGGACACCCGCAGGUGUCUGAGGCAGUGGUGGUGGGCCUGCCGCACGACGAGGACCAGGAGCACCCAGCAGCCUUCGUCGUACUGGCCCAGGGCGCUACCGUCACUACUGACGAACUGAAGCAGCUGGUAAAAGAGAAAGCCCGGGGCAGCGAGGAGAAGCUGCUACAUGGGGGUGUCUUCCUAGUAGACUCCAUCCCUCGCAUGGCCACUGGAAAGGUCAGCAGGGGGCAACUGCGGCAGUCUCUCCUGGAGAGGAUCAAAGGAAGGGCCUAA